UGUUGCGUGAGGUCGACCCUACUCCUGACGCCUCAUUUUGCGUGACGACAGCUUUACCCAUGUGCCUCUUCUAGGUUUUCAACCUACCAUCAUGUGGAGAUAUCCUCACUCCUUCAUCCUGGCUAACUCGCUUACAUGGCCAUCAUUGUACGGUGACAGACGUCUGUGCAAAAUUGUCUUUUUUGCUGGUGCUCACGAUUGUUGCUUAUCACCAGUAUUUCACUACACCUUCUCAAUUCUUUUUCUAUCUAGAUGCGUACUGGUCUUGCCUUGGGCUUCGUGUCUGAAAGCCCACCAUGGCACCUCAUUUCCCCCUUGUUUCCUGAUAAAGUCGGAGGUCGACCUGCUUGGUUGGCUCUGAAACAUCUCCCUUCACCGAACCAGCUUCAAUGUCCAUACUGUAAGCUUCCGAUGGUCUUUGUUCUGCAAGUCUAUUCAACAAUCGAUGAUCGCCCCGACUGUUUCCAUCGCUUUUUAUAUCUAUUCAUGUGCCGCAAUGGACCUUGUCACGAUCCCAAUAACAUACGCGCACCUUUUAUCGUAUUCAGAUCUCAGUUGAGCCGCUCGAAUCCGUAUUAUAGUUAUGAGCCAAUGGAAACAGAAACUCCAUCACUAGAUCUUUUUCAGUCUUGGCUACAAACCGGAAACUUGGCAUGUGCAGAACGCUUCAACUCUCUGUGUCCUAUUUGCGGAUGCAAGGGGGACAAAUCAUGCUCCCAAUGCAAACGUAUAAAGUAUUGUUCAAAAUCACACCAGGUAAUCCAUUGGAAAGAAUCUCACAAGGCAUUGUGUGGUGCUCCCCAAGAUACCUUUCCCGUUGGACCCAGUUUUGAUCUCAAUUCUUUUUUACUUCCGGAAUUUAAACUUUGUUCCGAGCCAGCUGAACGCAGUGUGGAGCACAGUGAUGAAUCAUGUUCAAGCGAUUCGGCCGCAUACGAAACAUCACAAGAUGAUGAGGAGUUCCAGGCACUGGAAGCUUUGGCCAGACACGAAACGGACGAAGAGGCUCGAUUUCGCAAAUUUCGGGACAUUAUGAGCCCUGAACCGGAUCAGGUCCUUCGUUUGCAGCGAGGAGGUGAACCGAUUUGGUUGACCGCUACCCCUCCUUCGGUGCCCGAUUGCGACGCUUGUGGUGAAAAACGCAUUUUUGAGUUUCAAGUGACUCCCCAGCUGUUGCAGUACCUGAAGUUGGAUAAACUAGGCGAAGCAUCCCCGGAUUUCGGUUCACUCUACAUAUUCACUUGUUCCACGUCCUGUACUUUACCACGAACAGUCGGCACUUCUCUGUCUGAUGGUCCCAAUGCGGAAGAAGUCAUCGAGUAUCAACCCGAAGUAGUGAUUCGUCAACUGGUUUUAUGAGCAAACCUGAUUGACCCUCCUUCCGUUAUGUGUCGCCGCAGCUGGGAGUGUACUUGUGCAAUCACGUGUCUAGGCUCUUUUGAAGUGUUUUUCCCCUCGACUCUGGUGUCUUACCGGAUUUUUCUGUUUAUUCGCAUUAAUUACCAAUGUGAACUUUGUAAAAUACAGCUGCCUAUCUGGAG